AAAGAAACCCAACUCCAAUAGAAAAACGGAGGAAAUUACUCUGUUUUUUCUUCUCUCCAAACUGACCACCACAGCAAACAAAAAAGAAAAGAAAGGGUACAGCUCUGCCCAUCUGGGUCCUAUUUUAAUAUGCUCCUCUCCAGUUAAUGCUCCCCCAUCUCCCCCCACCUUUUUCUUUUGUGCAUUUGUGUGUGUGCUCUCUCUGUCAGAUUUCAAAACCCAUGAGAGAGACCACCAGAAUCUCUGUUACACAAAAACCCAGAGUAUUUUACAAGAAACAGAGUGUUUUGAGUAGAACAGCCAACUGCUGAACAAAGAAAUAAACAAAAACAAAACCCCAGAAGAAGAAGAAAAAAAAACAACAGGCUGGUUGGGUUGGUUGGUUGCUUCUAUAGUUUCUUAUUCGAGGUGGGUAAUUGAAGCCUUGAAGUUGCAGAUUUAGUUUUGUCUUUCCUUGAAUGGUGGUGAGAGUGUGCUCCAAUUUUGGAUUGACAUGAAGAAGAGAGAUGAAGAAACAGAAGCAGCAGAAGCAGCAGAAGAAGAUGGCUCAAUAUUUCCAUGGAGAAGAAGACAACGGAAAACCCACCACCUUCUUCUUCGUCUUCCUCUGCUGAUCUCACAACAGGACAGCGCCAUUCCUCUACACCAACCUACUACAUUAGCCUCUGCGAUACAAACAAUACACAAACAACCACAUUCUUAUUCUUCAAAAAUGGCCGUUUCUCCUCCUAAUCUUACUCUUUCUGUAUCUCUACCCCACAUUUUUGUUGCCUUUCUCCUUGUAUCCCUCUGUUUCUCCAUAUCCCCUGUCUUGUCCGAUUCCUCUGCCAACAGCAGCCAGACUUUCAUGCCAAGGAAAGAGUUGCUCAAGCUCAAGAGGGUCAAUGAUUAUCUCAAGAAGAUCAACAAGCCUGCUGUCAAGACAAUUCAGAGCCCCGACGGUGAUGUGUUCGACUGCGUCUUAUCGCAUCUUCAACCAGCAUUCGAUCAUCCCCUGCUCAAAGGACACAAACCAUUGGAUCCACCAGAGAGGCCAAAGGGCAACGAGACAUCAGAAACAGAGGAAAUAGCAGAGAGCUUCCAGCAAUGGCACGAUUCAGGGGAAUCCUGCCCUGAAGGCACUGUUCCAAUCCGAAGAACCACCGAGAAAGACGUUCUCAGAGCGAAUAAGCUCAGGAGAUUUGGGAAGAAACCCAUCAGACAUCUCAGGAGGGAUUCCUCCGGAAACGGCCAUGAGCAUGCUGUGGUGUUUGUGAACGGAGAUCAAUACUACGGAGCAAAGGCGAACAUCAACGUGUGGGCACCGAAGGUCACGGAUCCUUACGAGUUCAGCUUGUCGCAAAUUUGGGUCAUCUCUGGCUCUUUUGAGAACGAUCUCAACACCAUAGAAGCUGGUUGGCAGGCAAGUUCAUACGACCCAAUAUCCCCAAAUCGUGUUUCAUUUGUGAGCCCUGAGUUGUAUGGAGACAGCUACCCAAGAUUCUUCACUUAUUGGACUACGGAUGCGUAUCAGGCAACAGGAUGCUACAACUUGCUCUGUUCCGGGUUCGUCCAGACCAACAACAAGAUCGCCAUUGGAGCUGCAAUAUCUCCCCGGUCGUCCUACAGGGGAAGACAGUUCGAUAUCGGCCUAAUGGUCUGGAAGGAUCCGAAGCACGGGCACUGGUGGCUGGAGUUCGGGUCGGGUCUCCUGGUGGGAUACUGGCCGGAUUUCUUGUUCAGUCACCUGAGGAGCCACGCGAGCAUGGUCCAGUUCGGCGGCGAGAUCGUGAACUCGAGGUCGACCGGCGGAGGCCACACUUACACGCAGAUGGGGAGCGGGCAUUUCGCCGACGAAGGGUUUGGGAAGUCGUCGUAUUUCAGGAACUUGCAGACGGUGGAUUGGGACAACAAUUUGCUGCCUCUGAAUAACCUGCAUUUGCUGGCUGAUCAUUCUAAUUGUUAUGAUAUAAGGCAGGGGAGGAAUGGCGUUUGGGGGACUUAUUUUUACUAUGGAGGUCCAGGAAGGAAUAUCCGAUGCCCUUAGUUGAUAAAAAAAAAGUGGCUUUUCUUUUUUUGUUAUUUAUUUGUGGUAUCAAUUUUUUUUUAUUUUUUUACUUUCUAAUAAUUAGGGUUGGCUUGGGCUUUUUUUAUUUACUAUCUUAAGGGGAUCCUCCAUUUUCUUCCUAUGUGUAAGAGGCUGGUAUUGUGCAUAAUUUUGAGAGUACAUGAUGUGAAUGGAAUCGAUUGGUGUCUUUCUCACUUUUGAGUUU